CUGCUGAAGUAUGCAUACGGGAUUACGGGAUCGCUCAUCGCCCGCGGAGAAGACAGAAGACCGAAGUCCGGAACGUACACGCCGUGUUCGACGAAUCGACUCCAAUAAACUCGAUCGAUCCGCGCGUGGGCUAUCCACGCAUCGGCCCUCCGGCCUCUGUGAGAUCGCAUUGGCGCGCGCGCACAAGCCUCGCAGGUGUUACGCGCGCACGUUCCCAUGGCGACAGGCGAGGAGCCGCUGUCCAUGGCGCCGUGGGCGUCUGGCCUCCCCGCGGGGAUCCCGGCCGCUGUCCUCGGGCGCCUCCCGUCCCACACCGACCGUGUCCGCUUCGCCGCCGUCUGCCGGCCGUGGCGCGCCGCGGCAAGGCACCAGCAAUCCCCGCCGCCGCUGCCGUGGCUCGCGCUCUCGGACGGCACCUUCUUCAGCUUCCCGGGCUCCUCCGCGUUCCGGCUCCUCGGCGCCGCGCGCUACCACGGCUCCUGCGCCGGCUUACUCGUCUUCGAACGCGGCGACAACGAGGACGGCGGUGGGUACCUGCUCCUGAACCCGUUCUGCGGAGACACCAUGCGGCUCCCGAGCCUGUCGUGCGUCCGCCGCGUCGCCGCGCGGGGACCCUACGGGAGAGUCACGCUGGGCAUCACGGAUGACGAGAGGGCACCCAGCGAGACGACCCUGCGCAAGAUGGUCAUGUGCCCGCGUCAGGUCGUCGGUGACCAACGGCGCGGCAAGAUAGCGGUAUGCCGUCCAGGUGCAGAUUGCUGGCUGAUCAGUGCUCACGAUCAGUGGAAGGGGCUCAGGGACAUUGCUUUCUACGACGGCAAGGUGUACGCUGUCGACGACCGCGGGCGCCUCUACGCCAGGGCCGUCGGAGAGUACACAUGCACCGGCGAGCCGAUGGUGUCCGUCACCGGGGCGGCGCGGCGCUGCCACCGUCAACGCGGUACCUCGUCGUGUCCGGCGGCAGGCUGCUCAUGGUCCACAGGGUGCUCCGGAGCGACGCCACGAGCGAGUUCACGGUGUCCAAGGCCGACCUCCCCUCGUCGCGGUGGGUGGACGUGCGGAGCGUCGGCGGUGACACUGCGCUCUUCGUCGGCCGAUGGAGCUCCGUCGCCGUGCGCAUAUCCCGGUACGCGAUGCCGGGGAACAGGAUCCACUUCUUGGACGACGACGCGUUCUCCCGCCACUACUUCGGUGGCUACCCGUUCAUCGGCGACCACUUCGGUGCCUACGACACGCGGGAGGCAAAAUCACCAGAAACGCAUUCCCAGGUGUAUAAGCGGCCGCGGAGUCUAUCUGAGCCGCACUCAUCUGGGGCCCACGCCGGUCAAACGAUUCUUGCCUCAGUCACACCGCCGCAUCCGAGAAAAUUUGCCUCGCGCGCCGCUGUUUGGGGCGAAAAUGUCCCCUUGCCUCGCGCGCUGGCCGAAAUGUUACCUCCAUGAGAUUUCGAAUCGUUUUAGGCAUCUUUUUGGCUAGGGUUUGCGCACACCCCUUAUUCCCGUCGCCAUGGGCGAGGUUGCAUUGCGUGGCGGCGACCGGCUAGAUCCAGCAAUCGCCCGUCAGGCCAACCCCCUCGGCGCCGCCGCCAUGCGCAAGGGAGCUUUCUCGGCCUCCCCUUCCGUAGUGACCCCCUUCGCCGCACCACCGCAACGGCACAUCGUCGGUGAGCAUCCAGCAGCCAAGUCGUGUGCGGCGGGAGCCAGUUUUGGGGGCACUACCAAUAGCGUCGCCAAUCUUCUCCAUGGGUCUCGAAUAAUGUUUGGACCCCCAAUGGCGCUUCCGUCGGCAUUCAUUUCCGGUGUGCCGCACAUCCCCACUCCUCUGCCCCCCGGUCCAAUGCUUUUUCAGAAUUCGCCAGUUCCAGCUGCCUAUUGUGGAGGGUACUUCCAGUCUCUGCCCCAUGGUUUCCAAGCGGCUGCCCCUGCAGUUGCAGCGACUCAAUCAGGAGGAUGCAGAGCAGAAAUCUCGAGCAGCGCCGGUCCAGCUGGAGGAGCCAUAGCCGAAACCUCGAGCAGCGCUGGAAGCCGGGGACUAUCAGGAAAUGUAUCCCGAAACCACCUUGCGCCUGGGAGCCGCCGGAUAGGAUCAGCGGCCGCUUGUACAAGUAGAUUUUUCGCUCUGGGCAAAAUCUACCCUGUCCUGCCGCCGCGGGAGUUACAGAAUGAUAGCGACACGCCGGCGACAUGGCUCUUCCCUAGGGAAGAGGGCGCUUUCAGCUGGGGUGAUCUCCCUCUGGACGUGUUUGGCCAAGUCCUGCGCCUCCUCCCUUCUGGCGACGAGCAUCUCCGUCUCAGCUUGGUCCACCACGACUGGCAUGCCUCCGUCAGGCAGCAGCACCGUCGGCAGCCGCCGGCCGUGGCGUACCUUGCGCUACCGAAUGGCAGGGUCUUCAGGGCACCGCCAAGAAACCAAGAACGGCGAACUCGGCCACAAUCGGCCAUGGAGUCCUUCCCCGACGGGAUGCACCUUCGGCUGCAGAACCGCGCAACCAGCGGUACCUCCACGCGGAUAAGGACACUACGUGCGUCUCCCUUCGCGGGAGAUGGACCCGUGAGCUGCCGAACACCGAGUGGGUGGUUCACCGCCACCAGCGAGAGGGCACCACCUACGUCCUCUUCCACAGCGCCGCGAACGGAGGGUACCUCGCCGCCAAGUUCAAGCGGGCGCGGCGCGGCCUCCGCAACCGCUUCGUCCACUUGAGACGCUGCGAAGCGCCUGAGGUUGUGGACGCCUUCAUCCUCUGGGAGGCUUUCAGGGCGCCAGGGGGCGGGGACGACGUGAUUCUGCGCCAUGCCUCAAACAGCGUCCUCGCCGCUGUUAGCAGCGACUGGCCUGGAGUCGCAGCGCUGGACUACAACGCCCAGAACCCAACGAUGGUGAUGCGUUGGGUGGUUGCUGAGGCCAUCCCGCCGAGGCCGGAGCCGGAAGUUCCUCCAGGUCCUGCUGAGGCAAUUGUACGGGGUGCUCUCAUCAAGACCCCGUGGUGCUGCCAACACUGUAAGAAGGCUACUUCUGAUGGUCACCCAGUCUGUAUCACUUGUGCUGCUCAGCUGAAGAAUUUACUGGAUGCAUCCAGAAAUGAAAUGACCAUGCCAAACAGCUAUUGCUUAGUGUGCCAUCAGUUAGCUGGAGAAGAGCACAGCCUGCAUGAUAGCAAGAGUAUUUUGAUUGAUCGUCAGGAAAAAAUGCUGGUGGCAUUUGUUACAGGCAAGGAGCCCUGGGCUGGUAUAUUCCAGGGAAUCCAGAGUGACAUUUAUUGAUACAUUCACUUGAACAAACCUGAAGGAGACAGAUGCACUGUAUGCAAUGAUUUCCUGCAGGCCUAUGGUCAGGGACUUUACAAAGGCCCCUACCGUUUUUGCACAUUGAAAUGCUUUGUGGAAAAACGUGGUGGCGCUGCUGCGGUGCAUUUAGCAGAAAAGAUUCUUGCAGUCAACUUUGAAAGCAAAGCAAAUGCUUUUUGCCUUCCCUGCGAGAUAGCAUUCGAUAUGCAAGAAGAUAAUGGGCAUGCAACACAUGGAUGGAUUAACAUUAUAGCAGAUUCAGGUCACCGACCCCGUGUCCGGGUCCCCACCAAGCACCUAUCCAUUCUUGAAUGGAAAGAAAUUAAGGAUUGGCCAGCUGGAGUUCCAGGUACAGUAGAGUUCCUAAUCCAAGAUUGCAUAUCCGUCCGCUGCCAACACUGUAAAAUGCGUUUGGUCGAUGACAGCGGGAAGUACUGCACUCUGGAAUGCUCCCUUGAUUGGCAAAACCAACGCCGUCUACUACCUCGGGCCCUGCUAUUAAAAGCUUUGCAAACUGAUGUUACCAUUGAGGCCUAUGGGAAGAGUUAACACGGCAACCACGUAAGAAUUCAUACCUUCAGAUUGCCAGAAGCGUCGUGGAAACAAAGUCUGCUAGGAAUCCAAGGAUCAUCUUGUACCCUGACAUUGAUUGCAGUUCUGUAUUGUAUCGUUGGAAUUGAUACCGCGGCUUGUACAUGGAAGUCGAUGUUUGCAGAACUAGAGCUCGUGGCAUUUUUGUACAGUACUUUUUGUGAUAGGUCAGUGAAAUAGUUGUGUGACAGAUCUUCAGUAGAUCGUGGUAUCAUACUGAAUAGAGUAGGAAUUGAAAUGCAUUUACGUGUAACACAGCUCAUAUGCUCAGAGUACUUCUGUAGUUGUGAAUUUUCUGCAAAGAGAUCAGUGAAACAGUUGCUUCAUGUUGUA